CUUUGCUGGAGGGCUGUGACGAGUGGUGUCCGUGACACCGCUUUGAAAAUCACAGCUGACAGAGCGCAGCUCAGGGAGCUCUAUUGGGAUGCAAUAUUGCUAACGGAAAGUGGGUUUCUCGACCCAAGUUACCAAGAUUACACCAGCUUCCAGAGGCUCGUGGUACGAGAGGUGGGUAAAACGCUCACCAUUCACGAUGGAGGACAUAAGAUGCAAUCCACCUGGGCCCAAAAGGCACCUUGGCGACUUAUAGGGCUUUCAUACACGCUUCUUUAUUUCCCGGACUGGUACACAGGUUGUAUAUGGUGCAAAAAUGACGCGACGCGGCUGCAAGUCGUGUUAAUGCAAGAUAUUCGGGAUGGAGUGAAGCCGCUGCUCAUGGCCCUGAUGGAGUAUGCCUCGACUUUGGGGCUCGUAUGGCUGCGAUUGAAUUUAUCGCGGGAUGUGCAGGGGAUUAGAGAGCUGCUCCGAAAUUUGAAUUGGCUGGGGGGACGAGUUGUACCAAACGAAGAUAGGUUCAAGGCCUUAGAGUCCUUGACAUCGGUGGAAUGUACCAUGUUUUCUGACGAAAGAUACGUCGUCGUCGAAUUUGAAUGUUGA